UUCAGAAUUUGGCCACAAUGACCUAAUUGCCUUGUUUCACCAAAUGCCAGCAGCCAAACACUGAACCUCAUUGUCUGCUUUCCUUACAUGAAACCAUCUCAUACUAUGUCAUAUAGCAUUGGAGCCUAUGGGUCUUAGUUUUUCUUUGAGUGCUUUUGAGGGGGGGGGGUUGCUUCUUUGCCAAGAUUUUUAUUAUUCUGGGUCCUAUAACAACAACCCAAAGUAGCUACUAAACAAUAAAUCCUUCCCUCAGGGAGAGGCACCCUCUUGAAUUAUGCUCUUCAGUGAAAGAGACUGCAUGUCCCUUUCAAGGUUGGUUGAAGAAAAUGAUAGGAAGGCAAGGCUGGGUUUCUGAAACUCUCAGAUUUUUAAGUGUUACCAUACGGGACAUUGCUUACCUAAGUUGCCGUAUACCAGGUAAAACCAUUUGUCCCUCCAACUUGCUAGCUUUUAUUUUCAUAGGCUGCAGCUGUCAAGGGUAUCAGACAGCCCCCCACCAUUGCCUGUUAUCUCUAAUCCUGUUAACUGGAUUGAAUCCUGGACCUCAAGGUUACUCAUAACAAUUCCUGAAGCUGUAGAUGCAUUAUGGAUACCAAAAAGAAUCGGGACAAUUGUGGAGAGAAUGAUACAGAUGUGAGGCCCAAUUCUCUGGCACAUUACACAACUCAAGGGUUAAGACAGCUCUAUGAGACGCAACAGCUGUGUGAUGUCACUUUGGUGGCAGAUGGAAGGCAUUUCCCUUGUCACAGAGCGUUAUUGGCAUCGUUCAGUCCUUACUUCCGUGCCAUGUUCACCAGACCCUUUAGAGAAUACUGGGAAAAGCAAGUUGUGUUUGAGGAGAUGAGCCCUUCCAUCCUUCAGAGAAUUCUGGAAUAUGUCUACACUGGGGAGUUGAUGCUUACACCGGAGACUGCCCAAGAUCUUUUCACAGCAGCUAGUAGGCUGGUCAUCCUUCCUUUGCAGGAGAUAAUUGGCAGAUUUCUUGCUGACAGCAUUUCUAUGGAUAGUAGCCUUGGGAUUUAUGCUCUGGCAUAUGCUCACAACUAUCGUGCUUUGCUACGUGUGGCCUCACACUACAUUACCUUGAACUUUGAGCCUCUUUCUGUACAUGAGGCUUUCCCAGGUCUGGAUCUCAGUACGGUGGACAGCAUCAUCUCUUCAGACAAACUUCUGGUGUCUUCUGAACUGACUGUCUACCAUGCUGUGCAACACUGGGUAAGAUCUCAACCAGCUGAGCAUCUCUUGCUGAUCAAGAGGCUGUUGAGACAGGUCCGCCUCCCCCUUCUAACCGCUGAGGAGGUUGCUACUGUUCAGCAGGAUGUUAUUGCAGAAUAUGGGCAUGCUCAUCUUCAGUGGGAGCAGCUGGAUGGUACAGGGAGACUGCGGAAGAGCGGGGGCCUUAGACACGGCAUGUAUGAUGACUGGAUCGUAAGCUUGGGCCUCUUUGUGAGCAACAUGCAAGGGGGAGUGGUUGAGCGUUUGAAAACUCACUUCCUGGGGUUCAACCUACAAAUGGAAAGUUGGGAGGAGAUCCCACCCUUGAUGUAUCUCGAUUCCUCCGGCUUCUUGUCUGUGGGGCACAAGCUCUAUGUCUCUGGAGGGCAAAGGCUUAAUGGCUCUGUCUUGGGCAACCUGCAUGAAUUUGAUGCUCUUACUGGUCAGUGGAUGCAGUUGCCUUCCAUGUCUGUCCCCCGCCGAGAACAUGGCUUCUUAGCGUGUAUGCAAAAACUUUAUGCUUUGGGGGGCCGGAGUGGCAGAAAUGUGCUAGAUUCUGCUGAAAGCUUUGAUCUCAUGCAGCAGUCCUGGUCUCCCAUCGCCAGCCUCCCCUUCGCAGUGAGUCAUUUUGCCUCUGCUACCUUGAAGAACAAGCUAUAUCUAAUCGGAGGGUUCUCCCACACAAGAGCAAGUGGCCUUGCUCACAGGGGCAUUCUGAUCUAUGAUACCAGCUUAAACUUGUGGAAUCAAGUGCCUCUCGCUUUUCAGUGUUACAAAUCAACAGCUGUGACCAUGGACAACGGAAUCUUUGUCAUUGGUGGACUGGUUGAGGAAAGUAGCCGGCGGGAGACACCUGGCACCGUCAUCAGGGCUCUCAUCUCUGGCACCCAUAAGUGUUUUUUCCUCAGCAAGGAUGGCACAGUGAGCCAAGAUGUUGCUAUUCCAGAGCUCCCUAUUCUGGUCUUGCCACCCUGUGCAGUGCAGUGGCAGAGAAGAAUCCAUGUGCUAGUUGGAAACACAAUUUACCAGUGGAAACCUGGAGAAUCAAGCUGGACUAGGAGUCGAAAAAUUGCUCCCAACACAAGGGUGACAUUUCUCACUGUCGUGAAUGGUGUGCUGCUGCGGGUGCCAAAGAAAAGUCUGCAGCCCCUUUUACGAGAAGCUUCAGCAGCACUGACUGCCGUUUGGAUAGCAGAUCAACAGUCUUUUUGACACCUGCCAAACUACAAUCACUUCCCGCAGACCCUUGGUGUCACCUUGUGUGCUGAAUGGAGGAUUACAAAUCUCCCCUUGAUAUCAUCAGCGUUGAUUUCUUUAAGAAUAGAAUACACUAACACUGGUUGGUUCCUCCUCAAUGCCUUUGAGACGGGAGAUCUAUGGCUGAGACAAGUGGUCCUGUUG